AUGCAAAUAUUGUCAUAUGCGCAAGAGAAAAAUAUAACCAUAAGCAAAAUAGGCAUUAGCAAGCCACCGUGCAAAAAUUGUGAAGAAAAUCUAGAAAGCUCGAAAGUUGAACAUGAACAUGCGGAAGAUGGUAAUCAAAAUCCAAAAAAUUUCGAAGAUCCACGUGCAAUAAAUACAAAACGUCUUGCUACCAUUAAAAAUUCUACAUUUAAAUGGGUGGUGCAGAACAGCUUGCCAAGAAAUGCAAAUGAGGUUAAAGAAGCAGCAAAGAAAAGUGCCGAGCUUCGCAUGAUGUUCAAUUGUACUGUAAACAGUGCGACCCUACUCGAUAUGUAUGACAACUACGACAGAGAAGCUUGGGCCAGACACGAGUCGUGCUUUGCCAAUAAAGGUAGCUAUCAGUCAGACAGGACAUGGAGGAAAGGAGCUUAUGCGCGUGCAGGUCUAUAUCAAGCUAGCACUGGCGGCAGCGUGAUCGAUGCUAGAGUAAACUUAUUAUGUGCAUCGGCGAACGCUGAGGUUAGCAUGGCUGGUGUGUCAGCUGGUUUUAAAUUCAUUCUAGCUAGUGUCGAGCUCAAUGUAGGCCCAGUGCAUCUUAGUUGUGGUCUAAAGGCUAGCACUGGAUUUGCUGUUGGCGUAGAUGGCAUUGAAGUACAAUUUCUAGGCACCGGGUUCACAGUUGGUCCCAAAAAGAUUCGUCUGAGUAUAUCGGUUCUUGAUCUGGAAAUGAAUCCUAAUGCCGUCGUAGCUGCUUUAUUCAUAUCCAUUUCAAAUGAAUUCCAUAGUGACUUUAAAGUAGACGACGACGACGUAUUCAAAUCGUUAAUGUUCGCAAUAGCCCAAUUCCUCCAUGGUGGUCCUCCACCACCACCAGCGGGGGCGUGUGCAGCAAUAACAAUAGAAAAACCACGAAAAUCAGCGCCGAUUGAACUAAUGGUAGCCCAGCCAGUCAGACAACCGGAAUGGCUAACUACGAAACAGCCAAAAACACAAACAACAAGCUCAUCGUGGAAUUUCAAUAUAUUGGAAUAUUUGUUCCCAAAACAAAAGGAGCAGAACGUUUUAACUCAUUGA